CGACGUUAAUCAUUCUAUUGUUUAUCGUCCAAUCGGAUUGCGAGAAAAGUCUGAAGAGAAUGAUAAACAAUCACGCGCGACGCUUGCGAGUGCUCUGAGCCUAGGACAUUUAAUCUUUGCUAGCUUUAUAUUUUGAUUUUUUCGUCCUUCUCUUCAAAAUGGCAGGCGAAUACGUUGUAAAUUUAACCGGUGGAGGUCCUUGGGGCUUUCGUUUGCAAGGCGGGAAGGAUUUUGGGACAGCAUUGUCUAUAGCAAGGGUAACGCCGGGCGGGAAAGCCGACUUACAAGGGAUCUUGGAAGGCGACUUCAUAGACGAAAUAAACCAAGAGUCGACGGAACAUUUAGUGCAUUUGGACGCACAGAAUUUAAUAAAGUCAUCGAAAGAUACACUAAAACUUAGACUUGUUAGAAAAGCUGGAAAUACAGCCAGAUCAAUGGGUUCAAAGUCACCAGUGGUUAUAACAGAUACUACCCAUUCUGCAAGGGUGGAUCACAAGUUCAAUGCAAAACCUAGACCUUUUGGUGUUCAGAGUUCCCCUGUUCAAGUUAAAUCGUUGUCGAAACCUGCAAAGGAUCCAGAUAAUUAUGAUGAUUCUGAAGUUCUUAGAAUGUUGAGGAAUUCAAGUAUAAAUGAUUCAGGAUUGACAUCAAGACAUGCAGAUAACGAUAUUGAUGGGGACAGUGACGAUCGAUCAAGGAUUCAGUCACGAUCCUUUCAUCGGCUACAAAAACAUCUUACUAGGAAAGAACAAGAAUCUAAUGAUCUUCCCCCACCACCCCCUGAAGCAUAUUCGCCUGAAGAUGAACAACUACCUGCUGGACAAUCGAGAAGUUUUAAACUGCUGCAAAGGCAUGUCGAUGGUGGAGACUCCCAUCCAAGUGUGUUCUCGCAGCCAGACGGCGAUCGAAAUCGUGCUGUUCCCCAAUCGCGCCCUUACACAGUAACCGCUAAUGUCCGUGGUGGGAAACCCCCCGUCCAGACGCCCAUGAAUACAAAGGAACCACCCCCCUGCCCACCCGGCGUUAAACCCAUGCAAGUCUUACCGUCUGAAAUCAAUUUUACCCGACCAUCUGAUGCAGCUAGGGCGGCCUAUGCUGAACGGCGUCAAACCAGUCCGCAGCCAACAAGUACAGGCGUUCCAUCACCUGCGCCAGCGUUCCAGUCAUACCGUCCAGCGGCUGCACCGGCAGCCAAACCCAAACCAACUAGUCCGGCGAGUAACUCACAGCUUCCUCAUUGUCAUGGCUGCGGGCAAAAUAUUCAGGGAUCAUUCCUGAGUGCCCUGGGUCGCAACUGGCAUCCUGAACACUUCAACUGCGCCGGCUGUAGGAAAUCUUUGCAGAAUAAGGGGUUCGUUGAAGAAUCAGAUCACCUGUAUUGCGAAAAUUGUUAUGAUAUGAAGUUUGCUCCACACUGUGAUGUCUGCAAUCAAGCAAUUGUUGGGCCUUGUGUUAAAGCCAUCGGUAAGAUGUUUCAUCCGGAGCACUUCAUCUGCGCUCAUUGUGGCAAACAGAUAGCCAACGAGAGUUUCCACCUGGACAGCGGUAAACCGUAUUGCGCACAAGAUUACAAAGAAUUAUUCUGUGUGAAAUGUUGUUCAUGUAAGCAAGUAAUUGGUGGCGGAGACCGCUGGCUCGAAGCACUCGAUAAACCUUGGCAUGCUGACUGCUUCAGAUGUGCAGUGUGUGGCAGCAAUCUAGAAAAUACCGGAUUCUACAGCAUGGGUACACAGGCAGUAUGUCCGGAGCAUGCCUAAGACUGGAGCACCCUGAAAUAGAUGUAAACCUGGAACUACGAUAUCCCCUUGGCGAACGAUAAGUACACUUUGCGAAAUUGACAUAGAAGAUGGACAUUAUAAAUGGAAAGACCAGAGUCAAACAGGAAGGAUGUUGAAAGUACUAUAAGAAGGGAACAGAUUAUAAAAAUGGAAGGACUUUUGGUAAAUUUAUGCUAGACUACAAACUUUAACGCGCUAUGGGUAAAACAGAUAAAUAUAUUGUAAUUCGAGGCUGGGGGCCGGGGGGGGGACAGUAAUAGGAACCGUUGUUGUAUGCUCAACCGUCCUUUUAAGGUAUUUCUUCGUUGCUUAGUAUGGUAACCUUGCAAUUUUGACCACGAAUGCAUGAGAAUUGAUAUUAGAUAUUCAAUAAAAGUUGAUCUAUAUAAGAUAAAAGGAUAGCAUGGAUAUUAUAUAAAGCCUCGUUCUCGGGAAAGAUACCUUUGACACUAGGUUCAUAUUCAUUAAAAACAAAAUACACAAAUUUAAUCCUUUAGAAUAGGUUAGCAUUAGAUCUGAGAAAUUAGGUUUAUCGUUAAUUAGGGUUAAACCUAUUCCUUAAUCUAACCCUAAUUCUAGGGUAAUCUCAAGGAGUAAAUUCCACCCUAGUCUCAAGGAUUAAAUUCCUGUAUUUAGGAUUUAUUGAACAUGGAAUUAUUACCUAGGUUUCGAUAAAAAAUGCGUGCAUAUAGGAAAACACGUCGAUUUUACCGCAUUAGAACAACUGUCAAAAGCAAAGACAAGAGGUUUCCUUUUACCUCUUGAUCCCAGCCUUCUUAUUGAUGCACGGGGUCUAAUUAUUUGAUACUUCGUUGAAAACGAAGCUACUUAGUCGAAGCAGUUUUACUACUACAAGUAAAUAUUCUGGAAUUAGGUACGUUUGUUAAAUUCUUUCUGAUUAACCUGGAAGACAAUUAUAGUUUUAAUUUAGGCGAGUAUAAGCAUGUCAAUCUCCAGGGGCCGGUUGUGUGAAACUCUUGACUAACUUUUGAGUUUACUUCAAUCGUAGUUAACUUCAAAAUACACUGAUUGACAAAUAUAGUUUUCUAACGAAAUAUAGUUAAAAGUUAACCACCUUAUGCAACCGGUCCCAGGUAUCAUGUUAAUAAUCUACAGGUAUCCUUCCAUGAGUAUAGUAGAGUUCACUAUAGAGGUGACUCGAAUUUUAAAAUGUUUUAAACAGCCGUAACCCUGGCAUCAAGUAACGGUCUUCUCUAUAUGUACAUAACCGAUAAGAGUUUGUUCUGCACGAGUUUAAUAAUAUAUAGGUGUUUUACAUAAAUAAUUAUAAUAUUAAAUAAAUUUAUAUCAAUAUUGUCUGGAAGUAUUUG